AUGAAGGAAAAUCUCCUUGUGAUAUUAUUUCUGUCCAUACAAUGCUCUCCAUCGACUUCACUUAGCGGUCUUAGUAUCCUUAAUUCGGCAAGCAACAAAGUUGGAUAUCUGAAUUCUGGUCUUGGCAUGAUCUCUCGCUCAAAGAACGUCAAUGCAGCGUCCCAGAUGUUACGAGGUGAGGACGAUGCCGCAGUUAGAGAAAGUUUGGCGCAGGCUGUCACAACUUUAGCAGUUCUCGACAUCGGAGGAGGAGCGUUGGUCCCGGUAACACAACAUAUUAUUGAUACUAUAACGACCGAUAGUGCGUUCAAGGCGACAAGAGACGCCUGGGGAGUCUACAGAGAAGGUCUGGAGGAGACUUUCAAGCAGAACUUCAAAAGGUUGCCAGAGAGUGCUGUAAAACGACUUCUGACCAACAAAAAGAACCAAGUGUUAAACGCCUUCGAAACGGACUUGGGAAAGGUACAUAAUUUACCAAAAUAUAGCAAGACAAUGAAGUACAUCAACCGAGCAAAAAGAUGGUUUCGUGCCAAAACCGCAGCCAAAGUGCUGGGACCCUUGUUUGAUUGCAUCGGAAUUGGAGUCAAUUCAUGGGCCCUACAAACAGCUAUCAGGGACUGCAACGAUAACCCAAGGACCUGCAAUAAAGGAGCGAUCGCCUCCGCUUCCCUUGGAAUUGUUUCUGGUGUCGUUGGCGUGGGAGUCUUCGUCGCUACCCUUGUUGUCUCAUCAUCAGUGUCGGCAGUCCUUGGUCCAGUUGGUGCCCUUGUAUCGUUCACACUCGCAAUAUGCGCUACGUUAAUUGAGCUGUUUUACAAGCCUCCAGUCGACGAAGAAGAACUUCGGUACCAAAAGACAAUCCAGAUGAUCCAGGUAUUGGAAAGUUACUCGAGGCGACAACUUUAUAGCGCAAACAAGUUCAUGGCCUACAAUAACAUCACAAGAGGUGACCUCUAUGUUAUCAAUCAAGGGCAGUUACCGUUGUGGAUUGACAAAAACGAUAAGCUUAAAUUUGGGAAGUCUGACUCAGAGAAUCCAAGAAAAAUCAUCAACUUUAGCGGCACUUGCGAAUCUGGUCAUAACUGGCGUGUACAUGGUCGUUUGACGGGUCCCGGUGGUAAGUACAACCCCAGACAUUGUCCUUUGCUCGUUGACGGGAAGAACAUCGAGGCACGCGAUGAUGACGAUAAUGUUGGCUACGGAUUCUAUGGUUUCACAACCGACGCUCGCGACCUUACACACCAUCAACUUUUGCAGCCAGAUCAAGAGUACAACGGCUCCAUUAUUCUCGUUAACACCGACGCGGUUCAAAGUUCUGAAUUAAAAAAAGAGGACUUGGACGACCCUCUUAGAGGUAUUGAAAUCGACACGGCUAAGAAGGGCAACUAUGAGGCAUAUGAUGACGUUGUUGCCCUCGGAAACAUGAAAAACCUUGACAGGUCGGCAAAAGUUACAAUACGAACAGGACUAGGGAAUGACGUAUUGAACAUCGAUGGAUUUGUUGGUCAAGGAACAAAUCAGCUGGAUGCUGACCUGGGGCCUGGAUUUAACACGUUAUCAUUUCUUGGGAUGUCUGAAAACGACCCUGACAUAACAGGAAUAACUUACGAUGCAGAGAACGGAGAAGUCAAAAUCAAUCAUAACAGGUUCCAAAAAACUAUCGUGGGCACUGUCAAACCAGUUUCAGUUUUGGGCGCUUCUCCAUUUAAUCUAGAUGAGGUCCGUAUGUUUGCUCAUAAAAAGGCGGAGAGUGGUGAGGAUUUCACCGUUGUUAAGUUCAAAGGAAAAGCACAGUACCACAUAAGUACAUUCCAAGUAGCACCUUUGUCUAAUAGGCGUAAGACGCUGCACCCAUUUGAACCACACUUUAAGAUCAUUGAUACUACAGACAACGGUCAGGAAGGAGAAGAUAAAUGCCAAAAUCAUCACCCUCGCUUAACCAUAGUGGGAUUUACAUUCUCGGCUGUCGCCAAUGAUGUUCUUUACAAUGGCACCCAUAUCAAGGUUUAUGGUGAAGAUGAAGAGGAGUGGAGGCGGGAUGUAAAAGACACUGUAUAUAACUCACACGUGUCAACUCCAUCAAGAAGAUGUUCUGGGGAGCCUGAAGAUGGCAGUCAUCCAAUAGGAGGAAGAGACGGUAAAAGGCUACUUUUUACUGUGUCAUUCCACACAAAAUGUCCUGGACAGGUGGAAACCAAAAAUAAAUUCGGUGGCUGCAUGAUGAAAACCAGGUUUGUUUCAGAACUAGACUCGGUAUUUUUUGACGGCGCAAGUCUAUUUAGUAGUUUCAGUGAGGAUGUUCAAAGUAUCAACCCACGUCUUUCGAAGGCCGAUGUUUGCACAUUGAAGUGUCCCCAGCGACAGGUGACACGCUCCACAACAAUAAACUUGGGAAGAGGUACUGAUUAUCUCGUCAUAAAGAAUGAUUUGUUCCUGGAUCCUUGUGGAAUCGACGGAGAAGACUCAGAUAUGAUCUUGAAGAGGAAAGAUGGGGAAACUUGGGAGCUGGAAUUCACUGGCGAACACGAUAAGUUCACUGGCAAUGGCAAAAAACAUCAACUGAAAGGCGUCAAGUGGAUCGUGAAUGAAUACGGCCACAAGAUAGUCGACUUAGAAGAAGUAAGGGAAGAUGUUAUCAACCUGUUUGAUGAGUACACUCGAAAGACCGCUUUAGAUAUUGGCAAUCAAGUACGCCGUGAGCAAACCGAUGAGGUUGCUGAUACUUUGACGGAGUGUCUGCAAAGCCAAACGGCACAAGGUCUGGCUAAUAUUUGCAAAACAGACUGA